GGCACGCCAGUGGCGGCAGAUCAAGUUCUUAAGCCAGGGCUUUUUUUGCAUAUUGCAAAUGCAAAUGAUAAAAAUGCAAAUAUAGAUAGAAAUGCAAAUGAUAAAAAUGCAAAUAUAGAUAGAAAUGCAAAUGAUAAAAAUGCAAAUAUAGAUAGAAAUGCAAAUGAUAGAAAUGCAGCAAAUGAUAGAAAUGCAGCAAAAUGA